UCAAUUGAAUAAACCAUCGUUUAAUCAUUUUUUGUACAUCAUCUCGACUCUCUCAAUUUCAUUUCUAAAAUCAUCAUUUUGAAUCAAUCAAUCAAAUUUUUUUUUUCAAUAUUUAAUCUCUUACUCUUUUACUCAUUAAAUCAGUAUGCAAAAUUUAACCAGUUUGGAAUCGAAUGCUGGCCUUUUAGCUAGAUAUAUGGCCCUUCGACAACCGGAUAAUGUUGUACAGGCAAUGUAUGUUUGGAUUGAUGGCCGUCAAGGUCUUCGUGCUAAAACACGAACAUUGAGUUUUGUACCAAAACAUGCAUCUGAAUUACCUAUUUGGAAUUUUGAUGGAUCAUCAACCUAUCAAUCGGAUGGUUCAAAUGCUGAUGUUUAUCUAUUCCCGGUACAAGUUUAUAAUGAUCCAUUUCGUGGUGGCAAUAAUAAAUUAGUUUUAUGUGAAACAAUUCGUUAUGAUAAAACACCAACACCAUCAAAUACUAGACAUACUUGUAAUGUUGUUAUGGAUUUGGCUGCCGAUCAAGAACCAUGGUUUGGUAUUGAACAAGAAUAUUCAUUAUUGGAUGGUACCGAUCGUCAUAAACCAUUAGGUUGGCCAACAGGUGGUUUCCCCGGACCACAAGGUCCAUAUUAUUGUGGUGUUGGUGCUAAUCGGGUAUUUGGCCGAGAUAUUGUUGAAGCACAUUAUCGUGCAUGUAUGUAUGCUGGUGUUAAGAUUGCCGGUGAAAAUGCCGAAGUAAUGCCAUCACAAUGGGAAUUUCAGGUCGGUCCAUGUCCAGGCAUUUCGAUUGGUGAUGAUCUAUGGAUGUCACGUUUCUUAUUACAUCGUGUUGCCGAAGAUUUUCAUGUUGCUGUUACAUUUGAUCCCAAAUUGAUUCCUGGUGAUUGGAAUGGUGCCGGUGCUCAUACAAAUUUUUCGACCAAAGCUAUGCGUGAAAAAGGUGGUAUGGCUGAAAUUGAAUCAGCUUGUAAAAAAUUGGAAAAGAAUCAUGCCAAACAUAUUGUCAAAUAUGAUCCAAGUGGUGGUGCUGAUAAUGCACGUCGUUUGACCGGUAGCCAUGAAACCAGUUCAAUGGAUAAAUUUACAUAUGGUGUUGCUAAUCGUGGUGCUUCAGUUCGUAUUCCUCGACAAGUUGCCGAUGAUGGUUAUGGUUAUCUUGAAGAUCGACGACCAGCAUCAAAUAUGGAUCCAUAUGUUGUAUGUGAACAAUUAGUUCGAACAAUUUGUCUAAAUGAAUAGAAUUUGGAUGAAUUCGAUGCCUCUAAUAUACACCAACAACAUUCGCAACCAAACAUAACUCUACUUCCAUAUAGAAAAAAUAAUAAUCAUGAUGAAUCCUAAAUUAAAAAACAAAACAAAUAAUUAUCAAA